AUGGGGGAGAAGAGGCAUCGCCAUUCUGGAGGAUUCAACAGUGCCCCAUAUGGGGGCAGGGGCCAGUUCAUGAGGGGUCAGUCCAGCAGGCCCACUUAUUUAGCACCACCGCCUUCUCGGGGUACGCCAAUGCGGCCUUAUUUUAGCGCCAUUUCAGAGAGCUCCUACCGUUCACCGGCUAUUCAGGGUUCUUCAAUUGGGUAUUCAGGUCUCCAGGGUCAGACUCAGGGUCAGUCAUCUUCCACACCGAAAGAGACUCCUACGAUUGAUUCAGUGUCCAUGGAGCGAGAGUUCUCCGAUGUAUUUCCUUCCGAUAUACCAGGCAUGCCACUAGAUCAUGAUAUCGAUUUCAGCAUUUAUUUGGCACCAGUGAAGUCCUUCGGCUUGACCAACACCCCGACGACAUUUAUGGAUUUUAUGAACCAGGUGCUCCAGACAUAUCUUGACUCAAUUGUCAUCGUCUUCAAUGAUGAGAUAUUGAUCAACUCGCGUAGUGUGGAGGAGCACGAGCAGCAUUUGAGAGUUGUGCUUCAGACCUUGCCAGAAUAG